UCUGUGUGUUGAUGUGUAUAUCUGUGUGUUUAGGAGUCAGAGCGAGAGCGUCAGGCUCACCGACUUCUUCAGUUCCAGUUUAAAGAGACGGAGGAAACUCUGAGACACUCUGAGGAGCUGCUGACGAAACACGGAGUGGUCGUCUCUCCCGAGGUCUCCACCAAUGGGGAGGCGGGACAGGGCGAGGCCGUCGAUGAUGUCACCGCUGAAUCUGCCCUCCGAUUGGCUGAGGAGCCGUCUCAUGGUGGCCGAGAGAACACGCUCGGUUGGAUAUUCUAAAAAUGAAUCAGCAUCUACCGUCUAACACAUCAACAUCGUCCUGAAGAUUAAAAUCAAGAACUCUCCUUUAAUCCCUCUGUGAUCGAGACGUUGAUUCAUCUCUCGUCGAGUCGCUUCAGGCUGAUUCCAAACAUCUUUUAAAUUCUCCUUCUUUUACAUCUUUAACCGGUCGCCUGUGUUUGGUCUUUCAAUGUCUUCUUCAUGGUCUUUCAGGGGAAGUUCAAGAGCAGCAGCCGGCAGAGGGAAUCGAACUCAUGCGGGACGACGUGAAGUACGACCGCUCUUGGAUUAGUAAACGCUCCCAGUCGCUAAACGUCACUUCUACCAGCAACCAAACCAGAACUUUAGUGAAGGGGUUUGAUAAACGGGCCAGUAACGGAACAGGAAAAAACGAGGAUGCGAGGAAACUACCGAGAAACAAAGGAAGUAAAAAAGAUCCGACCAAGAAAUUUAAAGUCAUACCGUUUAGAAAUGAGGGAAUUAAAAAACAACGGAUGAAGAAAUCUUCGCAGAUGUGUGAGCCGAAAUCUGCUCAUUUAAAUGUGGAUCAGGUCUUUGAAGCCAGAACUGAACUUCACAGUGAACCGGUAUCAUCAAACCAGGAUGUCCUCGUGUCCUUUGACGACCAAAUCUGCAAAAUCCAAAGUAAUCUGGGAGGAAAUCAACUGUUAGUACGUCAAUCUGAAGGUCGGGCAAAAUGUGUAGAUUUGGUUCCACGUGUUCGCAGAGCUGCAACUGAAAAAGUCCACAAAUCAAGACUUGUUCCCCCCCCGACCCGCAAGAGACCUGAUCCUGAACAACAAGGCGGUAGUUUCAAGUUUCACGGCUGCUGGCGAACUGAACCCUCUGACUCAAGAGAAAGUUCUGAUGGGGAAUGAGACUCCAUUUUCUGACGGGGAUGUCGCGCAAAAGUGUUCGACGGCUGUUAAUCGUAUUUUCCAGAAUCAGGCGAAGGGAGAAAACUUGUGCAGAGAUGUAAACUGUUCAGAAGGGGAAGUAGUGCCAGAUACUCUAGCUUUGGGUGCAAAAGAAUGUAAAAUAAAUGAGUUCAGGACUCAGACGUUAGCGGACAGUUUGGAAGAAAAUGAAUUUGUUGACAAGUUGGCUGAUGAGUGUGAUGGGGGAAGGUUUGUAUAUCAACAUACAAAAGUUCUCAGAGAUUUGGUAGAGAAUGAGACGGUUGUAUCGACGGGUAAAGCUUCUCAUACUCCACAACAACCGUCAGAGAAUUUGGGAAGCACCCAAAAUGAAGACGAGGUCUUGAAGGAUGAGGGUGAUGUAAGUUGCUCCGGUGUAUCUGAAGGGCUUAAACCAUCAGAGCUUGAUGCAUUUUUACCAACAGAGGAGGAAAUCGUUGAUGGAAAGUCAGGUACAUUUGAGAACUGGAGGAUUUCUGAAGAGGAAGCUGUUAGAAAAGAUGUUCAGAUUAAGGAAAAGACUCAAGACAAUUCCUUUGAAUGUCCCGAAUGCACCAACCGGACAGGAACACCAUCCACUCUGUUAGUCCCAGUCAAGGUGUGGACGGACAGGAGUUGUUUGGAAAAGACGAUUCAAAGCAUGCUGAGAGGGUUUCUUGAAAGUCAGGGUUUUGCAGCUGAAAUCUCAAGACUUUUUCCAGAGAUCUCAGAUUCUCUCAAUCAGUGGAUUUCGGAUUUGGAGAAGAGGCUCAAGAAUGUUGUGGAAAAUGUGUCAAAUCAGGGUGAGUCAUUUGACCAAGAACCACCAGAACAAAUGAUGGGUAUUAAACUCAAAGCCGAGGCUGAACUGCCUUUGAAGGACCGAAAAGAAGGAAGUGAAAGAACUGAAGAUCCUGAAAGUGAGGAACAGAGUGCUGCUCGAGAUUCAACCGUCAUCAAAGGCUGGUCAGUCUCAGGGACGUUGGAAGUAGCCUCUCUGGAGGUACAUACUCAAACUUAUGUCUCUGUGGACUCAAGGAAAGACAUUCAGGAUCCUCCAGCAAGUGAUGACCAAGAAGCAUCAGAAAAUAACUCUGGGGCAAUAUUUCAUUUUAAGGUGGAAGUCACUGAAUCCUCUCAUGAAGAAAUGCUGAGUGUGAAUUCUGUUGACGUAGAAGAAGAAGAGCAAAGUCAGAGCGAUCCAGCAGCGACAAGGCGGUCUGAGGAAUUAGUUUUUAUCGAAUUUUACUUCGCUGAACCUGCAAAAACCCAAUCUCCUCCUGCUGGAGAAGUCUUCGAGACACAACUCCAAAGGCAUGGAACGUUAUCAACGAAGGUCAAAAGGCUUCUAGAAAAAACAGCAGAUGAAAUCAAGGAAAUGGCCGUUCCCGAGUUGCUGCUGAUGAGUCUACAAGAAGGGAGAAUCGUUGAGGAUCACCAUAUUGACGAAUCACCAGGAUCAAACACUGAGGAUCAGGAGGAGUCGUCAGUCGGACACAUGGACAGUUGCGAGGAGGUUGGCGAGGAGGCGGCACAGCAACCAGCAACAGAGCAACAGCAACCAGCGACGGAGGUUGUCCUUGGAGGUGGAGAAGUUGCUCCAGCGGCGAGUAACAUGAAGCUACUGAGCGGAGGGUUCGGUUUGCGCAGCAGGAAAUACAAACGCAAAACUGACUGCAAGAUUGCAUAGAAUCUGAUAUUCACAACAUCACGUGUACUUAUGUUAGAUCUGUUUAAUAAAGCAUAAAUUGAUUUAAUUAACUGUAUAGUUUCAUUAUUGUAUUGAGUUUAUUUACAUGGUGUAUUUAUCAGUAUGUGUCCACUUCUUGCCGGUAAGAAACUGUAUUUAUUACCUCAUUUAUGAAUAUUUUUGGUUCUCUUUGAUGAAUAAUUUGAUUUCUUUUGUAAUU